AUGUCGCUUCUUACUCCAAAGUUAGAUGAUUUCCCCCAAUUCAAGCGCUUACCGCCAGAAGUGAGAGCCAUGAUAUGGAGAGCUGCUAUUCUCCCCAGGAUUGUUUUUGUUCAAUUGGACGGCAUCUUCACGCUACAGAAUAUUAGAGGAUCACUCAAUGAACCGUAUCAAGAUCUCCGUGACUUUCCUAUGGGCACUCCCCCUUUUUCAGCCUUGAGGUAUGACAACCCGGAUUUCCUCUAUGGCUAUUCGGGCAACUGGAUACCUGUCCCAGACUAUAUCCUCAGCUCUAAAAGCACAGUGCCACUCCUGAACACCUGCCGAGAGUCACGAGUCAUUGUUAAACCCAUUUACUCUAAGUUGUACAUUGACGGCAAGCCUUCACAUCGCCAUCGCGAGCAACCGGUCUUCUUCGACUUCGCACAAGAUACGCUUUACAUAGAAUCGUCAUUUUAUACGUACUGGGAUUGGCCAGUUUUAUACCGGAUUCGGAGUGAACACUAUCUCGGAAGAGAAUUGGAGGAGCUAAGACCUAUUAAAUGCAUUGGCACUGAGAACGCAAACAAGAUACAUCGGUUGGCCAUUAAUUUCCCCAGCAUACCCAAUCAUGAAACUAUCAACGAAAUCUUUCAGACUUUCAAAAAUCUACAAAAGCUCACAAUCGUGAAUCCAGCGCACCACCAAAAUCCCAGGGACUUAGUCCAGACAGGUGGCAUAUACAAUAUCACUGACUCUCUGCGGAUCUUCGAGUUGGAAGAAUCGAGGUUUUUCGAGAACAUGGAACUCCAGCGCCUUGCUUAUGAACAAGAACAUUGCGAAAAGUUCAAUGAAGAUAGCCCGCAUGAGGACGACCUGAAGUCUAUUUGGAAAAAGAUAUAUGAUACGCCAGCGCCCAGUAUAUCAUAUGAAACUGUCACAACAAGAAUGAGAUGGGAGGCAUACAAGGAGGCCAGAAAGCGAUAUGACAUAAGGAGAGAUUUGUAUGAGUGUAGCCUACAGAAUGAAUCGGUUGAACAUAAGUUUAUCUCACAGUGGUUACAAGAGGGAGCAGUGGAAAGGCGUUAUCUACGCGAUUAG